AUGUUUUUGCAAACAAAAAUUAAUCACUUCAUAUUUCAAAUAAAAAUUUUUUAUCUUCGAUUCAAUUUGGUGCUUUGCCUACAUUCAUUUACUGCUAAUAUAGGCGCAAAAAACGGAAUCGGGGGUGCUAAUGCCCGUCCUGAAUUACAAUUUGCUAAUAAACGGGGGCAAACAUUUGUUCGAUUUGGUAAAAGAUCGCAAACGUUUGUUCGUUUUGGUAAAUAA